AGAUGGCCGACUCAUACCGAGAUUUGCGGCACAAGUUGCAGUCACCACACUAUCGCUCUGUGGAAUAUGGCAAAAGAAGAGAAUCGGAUUCCAAGCGUAAACACUACGGUUCAGAGAAAUAUAAUUCACCUCGUUACAGACACGAUAAGCAUGAACUGUCACGUGAAGACGAAUUGCGUAAAGUAAAUGCUGGUAUCCAGCAACGUAGCUUGUUUUCAUCGGAAGAGUGCAAACUUAUUGAGGACAAAAUUGACUCUGUUGUUAAGCAUGCCAGGCAUGGUGACUAUAAAGAACACACGGUUGAUAGGGCACCUCUAAGAAAUAAAUAUUUCUUUGGGGAGGGAUACACAUAUGGGUCACAACUUGCCAAAAAAGGCCCUGGGAUGGAAAGAUUGUAUCCAAAGGGCGAAGUGGACGAAAUCCCGGACUGGAUUUUAAAACUGGUAGUUAAGCCGAUGUAUGAUGCCAAAAUAAUACCGUCUGGGUUCUUCAAUAGUGCUGUCAUCAAUGACUACUUGCCCGGGGGAUGCAUCGUCUCCCACAUUGACCCCCCUCACAUUUUUGACAGACCUAUCGUAUCUGUCUCGUUUUUCAGUGACAGUGUUCUCAGCUUUGGAUGCAGGUUUUCGUUUCGCCCAAUAAGAGUGUCAAAGCCAGUAUUAUGCCUACCUGUGAAGAAAGGCCAUGUCACACUCAUUAGUGAUUAUGCCGCUGAUCAGAUAACACAUUGUAUUCGGCCACAAGAUAUUGUUGAGAGAAGGGCUGUUAUCAUUCUAAGGCGAGUUUUUCCAGAUGCACCUCGACUCGAGUCAUCUGGCUCUGUUGAACGACCAUUAUCUCGUAAACGACGUAGGGAGCGUUCCCCAUCCUCUUCCUCAUCAUCAGAUGCAGAAUCUGCUGGCAGUGGCUCGGAGGAACAACAAGAAAACAACACUAAGGAAAAUGAGGAUGAGAAAAAAUCUCCAACACAAACAUACUACCAUAGGGCAACAAAGAACUCGACUCGAGUUUACAGGCAUCACCACUUCAGCAAUAGUGAGAGUGAACAUUCAGACACUGAAAAUGGUGAUACGAAAUCUCCUGUUAAAAAGUCUAAGCACAAGCAUAAGAUGAAGAAGAAGAAAAGUCACAAAGUGGGGAAGGUGUCCAAACGAAGCAAGAGGUCCUAAGUUGUGGGAGGGAAAUGCCUUGAACUAGAUUUACAAUAUUAUAUAAAGAUGGGAGGUUUAUCUGCAAUGUGCCAAUGAUUACCGAUGCAAAGAUUUGUGAAUAUUGUUAUCAAAGAUUAUUUAGUUGAGUUGGUUGCUUAUUAUGAAUGUAAAUCCAUGUAUUUCAGUAUAUUUGUAUCUACAAUGUGAAACAUUUGAUACAUUUUUUUUUUGUUUUAACAAAAUGUUCUAAGUUUAUGGAAACGUGAUUGCUGGUAGGGUAAAUGGAAUGCCAACAGCUUCUGUGUUUGUUAAGAACUGAAUUAUCAACAUUAUAACAUCCAGUUAAAUUUUUUUUUCAUUCCUUUUGUGAUAUUUGGUCAUCAAAACUCACAGAUGUCAAACUAAAUUAGCAGGGAAAAAGUAAAUUGGCCAGUGAAAACGUUGAAUUCUCAAUAUUUUUUGUUAAUAUUCGUAGUAACUAGGUGUGCUGUUUCAGUGUUGCAUCAGAAGACAAAGUGUGGGAAAUGAACUUGUUGAAGGAAAUUAACUUGUUUCAACGCCCAAUAUUUAGACAGGUAGAUUGAUGUAUACAGAUAAUACAGUGACUUUAAGUCACUUGACUUUUGAUCUCUCUGGGUAUGAUUCUCACUUGCUUAGGAGUCUUCUUGUAAAGAGAUUAUAAAAAUAUGGUAUGUAUAGUAAAAAAAAAAAUUUAACCAAUGGCAGCUGGUGUUAAAGAAAAAAAUUGCGACCCUUCACGAAAAAAUUGAUAUGGAAUUUUUCAACUAUUAUGCAAUUUGAGCAAGCAGCCUAUGGAAGGGGAGACAACUCAUAUUGAAGAAAAUUGAGUGGAAAUAUAUUUGGAAUUUGUUUAAAAGGUAAUCAUAUGGAUAAUGCUAUAUCUUUGAACAGUCACAGAUAAAGUUUUAAGAAAGCUAAAUACAACCCAUUUUGGAAUUAUCUAAUUUUUGCAGCAUUUGAACAUUGAUUAGAAAUUAUCAUUUAUGAGACCUCAUAAAAGAUCUGACUAUUGAAUUUCUAUAAACGUAUGUAAUACAUUAAUUAAAGUGGCUAUUACUGUAAAAAUAAUUUUUGGAAAAUAUUUCGAGGAGUAAUAUUUUUAACAAGUAUAUCAUAAAAUUGAGACUUCCCUUCAUGGUGAAAAUUAAAACCAUGUUUUUUUAAUACCUAAAUCAGUGCAAAACAACAAUUUGGUAGGUUACCGCUUGUAAGCAGAACGCUAUGUGGAUUCGUCACUUGCAUCCUUUUGACUCCGUUAGGUUUUCUCUAUGUAACAUCCUAUACAAAUGUCAACCAAGGUAAACAGCAUUUUGAAGCUCAUAAAUUAUAUAUAGAAUAUUCUUUAUGGUACAGGCGCAUGCAUCUCUAUCUUCAACCAAUUUCACUAUUUAUAAGAGGAAAUCAUCUUUUAAUGAGUACGAAUUCUAGUUAUAGUUGCUUUAAUGUUUCUUAUAUUGAUAGAUUAUUCAUUAUUUGUAAAAAUGAAAGUUAAAGCCGAUACAAUUGAAGUUUUCAGUUUAUGAAAUUGGACAAGAUGUCAACAAACAUGUCUGGUUUGUAUGUAUACUUCCCUGUCAGUUAAUCUUCAUCUCAUUUUAAAUAAGUUAUAAAUCGUUAGCAGGCAUUGCACAUUGCUUUAUUAUCCAGAGAAAGACACAAAUGAUGAUUAGUUGCCUUCAUUUUAUUAUUCAGCACAGAAAUUUUAUGUUUUAAUUCCAAACAGUACUUGAUUGGUUUUUAGUGCUUUGAUAGUUACACUAUUAUGAUGUUAGUUAUUCAUUCACACUGCUUUUUACUCAUUGAUUGAAGCUUAAAAGAAAUGAUAAAUAAGUUUUGAGAUUUCUUUAGUUAGUAAAGACCCCGAGUUGAUUAUGAUCAGAACAUCAGACAUUAUGCUCUACUAGCACCUGAGUUUACAGUUCACAAUAACAUUUGUAUAGGAACUAGAAUGGGCUGAACACCGGCAGGGCUCAUAUGGCACCUAUUUUAGUGGCCAUGGCGCCUUAUAUUCACCUUUGGCAACCAGUAUUAACCUGUAAGGCGCCAGCAUGGCCCCUAAAAAAUUGUGUAAAUUUGCUGUCAUGUUGAUCUUUCAAGGGUUGCAGUCAAUGUUAAAAUGAUGUUUAGAAUCGAUAAAGUUACGGAGAGAUGUUAUACUGUACUAAAGAAUUAAAUAUUUUUUUUAAAGUUAAGACAACUUAGCCGGCUACCAACUUUUUCCAAUUGGCACCUAGAUUUUAUGACUUGGUAGCCAAAUAUGCCACCUGGUCAAAAUAUCGACUUUGAGCCCUGACCGGUGGUCGUGUAGCUCAAAUGCUUACAAGUGUCCGUCUAUAGUUCCGAGGUCCUAGAGUUGAGUUCCGGUCUGCUUAUUUUUCCUCUCCAGUUACACAUACAUUUGUAUAUAUGUGCAUUUGAUUUUCAUUGCUACCUUGUUGAUUAAGAGAAAUUAUAAAAACAAUGUUAUUGGAUCUGUGUUAGUUUUAAAUGUAGCCAGGAUAAGGUGUAAGUCAGUACUUGUUAUCAGCUUCUCAUCUUAUAUAAUUCUACAAUUGAUGAAAAUACACUGUUCCAGCUUAUAGUCUUUAAUUAUUUUGAUUGAUUUUACUUGUUUUUAAAAUAUACAUGGUGCAUUUUCUGUUGUAAUUAUAUGUUGGUAUGUGUGAUGGCUUCAGGAACUUAAACCCUUCAAAAGAGUAAUUAUAUGUUGGUAUGUGUGAUGGCUUCAGGAACUUAAAUCCUUCAAAAAAGACGAAUAACAAAUUUCAGUUGCUGUAUACUUCAGAUUUCUGUGCUUACUGCCUUACUGUAGAAGACCUUUUUACCAUUCGUUUUAAACAAGCACUAUCCUAAGGUUGAAACAUCUCCUGUAACAUUUGUAUAUUAUUUUGGAAAAUGGGCAGUUUUUCUUGCCUGUUCUAGUAUUUCAUUAAGAGCUGAAAGUAUUAUUUAUAUACAUGUACAUGUAUAUGUACCCAACUAUUUUUACCAAGGAGGAAAAGUGAUGUGUAUGCUAGGUCAUGAUGGCCUAAAAGCAGUCACACAACUGCAAAAUGCAUCACACAGACUCCGUUUCCACUCUGUAAGUGCCUGAAUAUCUGUAAGUUUUCCCCCCAGGUUAUUUGCAACAUGAACGCUUGGCAAUUGUUUUGUAUAUAGAACCAAAACUAAUGUCCAUGUUAUCAUUUCUAUGUGAUACUGUGACUGCAAUAAUCAAUAUUGCUACAUUUUAUAAUGGACCACAGUGUUUCUGUGAAAUGUCUUCUGUCUGUAACAAAUUGAUACUGAGAGUAAAAGAGGGGAAAGCUUUCACAAAUUGCUGAGUUUCGGUUAUGCUACUUAAAUUCACUCAUUUUGAUACUUAAACUAUCUUGUAUUCUAAUAUUCUUAGUUUUCAGGUUAAAUAUGUAUUGGAUAAACGAAAAUAACAUAUACAGAGUGUAUUUCACUAUUAGAAAUUUGCAGAUCAAGGUCAAAUUUUGAAGUAGAGAUUGCUAAAUGUACUCAAAUAAUCUAGGGGCUUUUGUCUAAAAUUUCAGGAUUAAUAGGUAAAUUUACAGGUAGAUGGAUGACUAAUAGGACCUGAAUGUGUAUUGUGAUUAUGCUAGAUAACUAGUAACAGGAAAUGAUUUGUUUGAUUUCUAUCACAAACAUAUUUUUCGUGCCAUAAUUCAUCUAAAGCUAAUUCUUGCCUUUGAAAGCAUCAGAGGAAUCUUGAGGAGCUUUUGGCAGUUUUUUCAAGUAGGGGUGCCCCCUUUAUGUGUCAAAUUUGCUUUCUUACCAGGUGUAUGCAUUUUUAUGUUGUUUUAAAGGGAUUGGUAUACGUAUUGCUCACUGAUAAAUUAUUCACGUGUGGUUUAUAUAUAAUCUGAUUAAAGUGCAAAUCAUCAUUAAACACUAUGUAAUGACUUCAUUACAUAGCUGAUAUUGAUGGUCUGCAUUCAGUCUGAUUGGUGUGAUUUUCAAUAAUGAUGGGAGAUUGUCGAAACAUUAUGAUUUGAUAUUUUCUCAUCUGCAUAUUUCUACAUCGGUUAAUUUGAAGAAAAAUAUCAGGUGUAAAUUGUUUGCUUUGAAAUGAAGCGGUGUCGGGUGGGAAACCACACUAUGUUACAAAGACACAAGUGUUACUGUUUUGUAUUUUGUCCAAUAAGAGGGGAAAUACAUACCUGUUGAGCGUUUUCUUAUUUUAAUUCUAGUAGAAUUGUUACAUAGAAAUAAAAAAGUUAAAUUUUGUUUUAUUUAAAAUGUUUAUGAAGUUGUAUGUGUUGAAGGAUAUGUAAACAAUAUUUUUGUUGAAACUUGGAUUGUUUAUUUUCAUUUCAUUUCUUGUUAUGAAUCAUGUAUAUUUCUCAAAACACGUAUAUAUGCAGUAAUUACAUUAGAUAUGUGCAUAUGCAGUUUGGUCUGGUAAUUGUAAUAAUUUACCAGAGAAUUUAAUGUAAAGGAAAGCAUUUGGGUUGAUGGGCAUUUUUUUCCAAUUUGCAUCCAAUAGCAGAGGAAGGAUGUUCUUACCAUUCCUCGUUUUUCUCUGCAGAGAUAAUUCGUUUGUCUUCAUCCCAAAUUAAUCCAUUAUUGCAUGUAAUUUGUUGUUUUAAAAGUCUUCUUUCAAACAUCUCCACUGCAUUCUUUUUCACUAUGAUCUUUUUAUACAGUAUUUUUUAUUUUCACAUUAUCGUUUACAAACACAGUCGGUAUUUUCACGUAUGUUAAACUGUAUUAAUGUCAAGUGUUGCCCUCAUGUUUGGGAAGAAUUCUCAUUAAUCAGAGUGAUCUCCCCUCUCUCACUGCUGUGGAGGCUGUUGAAGAGAGCCGAGUACAUGAAGCAGAUCUGUUUACAUAAAAAACAAUACAUGUAAGCUUAGGUUUGUUCAGAUCAUGUUAUUAUUAACAUAUAGAAACCAAAUUCAAUUAAUUUAUGAGAUAUUUGAGAUGAAAAAAAAAACAAGCACUAUUAAACAGGAAAUUAAAAGAUUUGUGUGGUGUUUGAAACAUGAAAAUAUUAGUCAGUUGUUUAUGUUUGCUUUAGUUUUUCUACUUUCCAUCUUUUAGUGAUUUAAUAUUUGUAUUUAAAAUGUCUUCAUCUAUUCAAUAUUUUCUUUGGUCAAUUCUUAAAACAUGUGUCUUUUGUUUGCUGAAGACUUGCUAGGUAGCAGUUCCCAAUGAGGGUAUCUCAUUCAGCUCAGCAUCAGUAGUCAGAUGUUCUAAAUUAGAUGCUGACGAUGUUGCAUUAUAUUUAUACUUGUGGAAGGCAUAUGCAUUAAGAGUUAGCAAAUUAAGAUUGUUUAAAACAUUAUGCUCUUUUAUUGAAAUAAUUAGCAAUGUCAAGUGUAUUGUAAAAAAACAACAUGCAAAAUUACAAAUUAAAAUUUAUUUUCGGGGUUAAAUCUGAUAGGAUAGAAAAUUCUCCUUUCUAAUAAUGGACAAAAUGCAAUUUUUGUUUUAGAACCUGUAUGAUGUAAAGUUUUAAUAAGAGUAAAGUGUCUACCUGUAUAUACAGUGUAAA